GAAGAUCUUUAACAUUUUGACGUUUAUCCAAUCGGAAUAGCUAGACGUAUGGCCACUAUAGACGGAUAGAGGAUUCUCUGGAGUGUUGAAGUCUGGUUUUCGCUCCAAAUCAUGGAAGAAAGCGGGUGUGCACGGCGACACCGACGGAAGGCUUUGGUCUUUGUCGUCGGCUUGGCUUUCAUUUUGAACGGCGCAUCGGCGCAGAUAAAAUAUUCCAUUUCCGAGGAGCUCAACGAAGGGACUGUUGUCGGUAAUAUAGCCAAGGAUCUGGGAAUUGAUCUAAAUAUUCUCAAAGAGAGAGGGUUUCGUAUCGUGUCUGGCUCAGCCCAGCCCUUAUUCCUGAUAAACCAGAGCGAUGGAGUGCUUUAUCUGAACCGGAAAAUAGACAGAGAAGAGGUAUGUGGACGGAUGAGCGUCUGCCAUAUCAACCUCAAAACCGUGUUGGAGAAUCCACUGGAGAUCCACUACGUUGGAGUGGAGGUACUGGAUGUCAAUGACCACUCUCCCACCUUCCCGGAGGGAGAGAGGAAACUGGAGAUAUCGGAGUCCGCAUUGCCUGGUGCGCGGUUUCAGUUGCAGGCCGCCCGCGAUGCGGACAGUGGCGCAAAUGCUGUUCAGCAGUAUAAACUCAGCCCCAGCGAUCACUUCCGCUUGGAAGUCAAAGACAGAGGCAAAGAUGGUAAAGUGCCAAUUUUAUAUUUACAAAAACAAUUAGACAGAGAAACUAAUAGUAACCACAAACUGCUACUGACAGCGAUAGACGGAGGAAAGCCUCCGAUGUCCGGAACAGUAAAUAUACCCAUCGAUGUUUUGGAUAUAAAUGACAACAUGCCUGUUUUCAGUAAGGAGGUAUAUUCUGUCACGUUAAGUGAAAACUCCCCCGUUGGCACGAAGAUCAUCCAAGUUAAUGCGUCAGAUACGGAUGAAGGUGUGAAUGGAGAAGUCAUUUAUUCAUUUGGUAAUAACGCAAACAUUAAAGUGCGGGAACUGUUUGAUAUAGACACGAAUACUGGUGAAAUUACUGUGGCAGGGCUGAUCGAUUAUGAGACGGAGGAAAGCUAUGAGAUUGAUAUCCAGGCAUCUGAUAAGGGGUCAGUUCCUCUGACAGCAGAGAAAAGUAUUACCAUCAAAAUUGUAGACUUAAAUGACAACGCACCAGAGAUUGAGGUUUCGUCACUAUCAAGCGCAAUUUCAGAAGAUUCUAGACCCGGGACAACGGUGGCGCUUAUUAGCAUUACUGACUUGGACUCUGGACUCAAUGGAAAAGUUAUUGGAUAUUUGAGCGCUGACACGCCGUUUACUUUGACACCGUCGAUACAAGAUAACAUGUAUGCUGUCGUCACAAAGUCCCAGCUGGACAGAGAAAAGCAAUCGUAUUAUGACGUCACAAUAAUUGCUAAAGAUGCUGGUGAGCCAGCCAUGUCAUCAAUGAAGACAAUAAGCGUUGUCGUAUCGGAUGUAAACGAUAAUAGGCCAGAGUUUUCAUUGAGCCCCUAUACGUUUUAUGUUACGGAGAACAACGCUCAAGGGACCUCACUUUUUUCAGUCCAAGCACUUGAUCGUGAUGAGGGAACCAAUGCUGAUGUUUCGUAUCAUAUUUUUAGAGAUGGCGGGGAAGAUAAUAAAAUAACUUCAUACCUGAACAUCAACGUGGAAAAUGGUGAUAUAUUGCCACUCAAAAAUUUCGACUCCGAAACUUUGAAGACUUUCCAGUUCCACGUGGUUGCCACAGACUCCGGAAGUCCCCCGUUGCGCAGCAACGUGACAGUGAACGUGUUCAUCCUGGAUCAGAACGACAACGCUCCAGUCAUCUUGUAUCCAGUCAGCGCUAACGGUUCUGCUGAAGGUGUGCAGGAGAUUCCCCGCAAUGUGAACGCAGGUCAUCUGGUGACUAAAGUGAGAGCGUAUGACGCUGAUAUAGGAUAUAACGGCUGGUUGUUAUUUUCACUGCAGGAAGUCACUGACCACAGUCUGUUUGGUUUGGACCGCUACACAGGACAGAUACGAACACUUCGCUCAUUCACAGAGACAGACGAGGCUGAACAUAAACUGGUCAUACUGGUGAAAGACAAUGGGAACGUGUCACUCUCAGCAACAGCUACUGUGGUUGUCAAGGUCGUGGAGCCCAAAGAGGCUUUUGCUGCUUCUGAUGUUAAAAGUGCAGCAAAAGAUGAAGACGAGGACAAUGUGACACUUUAUUUGAUGAUAACUUUGGGCUCAGUUUCAGCACUUUUCCUCAUCAGCAUCAUCGUAUUGAUUGUAAUGCAGUGCUCCAAACCUGCAGACUAUUCCUCCAAGUAUUUACAAGACCCCAAUUAUGACGGGACUCUGUGUCACAGCAUCCAGUACAGAUCUGGAGACAGACGGUACAUGUUAGUUGGACCCAGAAUGAGUAUAGGAUCUACUAUAGUCCCAGGAAGCAAUGGGAAUACUCUAGUGGUCCCAGACAGGAGGCGAACAUCGGGAGAGGUAAGAUGA